AGCAGGAAGAACGAGGGGGGCGAAAUCUUAUAACCAAACGGUGUAGCUGUGCCGUUCACUGCUCCGUUAUGGCAGACGCGGAAUGAUCUGAGCUCCUGCCCCGCCGCGCCGCGCCGCGCCACAGCCUGACGGUUUCAUUGUCUUGCGAAGCCUGAAUCUCACCAGGCUGCAUUUUCAAGGAUGCAUCAGAUGAUAACUGCGCAGGGAUGCCUCCGCUGAGCAUGGGCAAACAGGGCGUCUGUUACAACGAUGAAAGCUUCUUCGUUUUUGUUUUGAACACGGGCCACCCACAGAAUCACUGCAACGCUGUGGACAACUUAGACGCUCCUCUCACCCGUCGUUCCUAUGAAGAGCACUGCGCAGUGCAGUGAAAACGGGAUAUCGUGUUGUGGAUUUCGAAUUGGUGGUGAAUAUAUUACCUAAUCAGCUGGCACUCAAAUCGCUAUCAAACCCCCUAGUAUAUGAUAUAUACAUCCUACAGAGUGUGUUGGUAUACUGUCAAUGUAAGGAACUUUGUGCUGUGGUGAGAGCCACUCUCCGAGGGUACAGAUGAGAGGCAAACAAUAUCAUCAACCACUGAAGUUGACAGCGCCUUGGGAGAAGGAUGCUGGCUUUGGGAGAAAGCUUAAAACCUACAGGAAUCAUACCAAGAUAAUAGCACAGCCUGGGAUCGUGAUGAAAGUCCUCCGCAGGAAGAGGAUUGUCUUAUUUAUGGCCUAUUUCUUACUGCUGGUCCUCACUAUGCUUAACUUGGCUAAUUAUAAAUGGACUAAAGAGCCACAGCAGUGUAAUCAUCAGAUGAGGAGCACCACUUACCAGAGCAGAUCUGAUAUUCGCUUCCUAUACAGGCCCUCUCUGGCUAAAAAGAGACAGCUUAUCUAUGUUCUGACCACCUGGAGGUCAGGCUCAUCCUUCUUUGGGGAGCUUUUUAACCAAAAUCCUGAAGUGUUCUUCUUGUAUGAGCCAAUGUGGCACAUCUGGCAGAAACUGUACCCAGGUGAUGCAGUGUCUUUACAAGGGGCAGCCAGGGACAUGCUUAGCUCCUUAUACCGCUGUGAUCUGUCUGUUUUCCAACUUUACAACAGCCCUGGGGGCAAGAAUUUUACCUCCCUCGGACUAUUUGGGGCCACCCUCAAUAAAGUGGUGUGCUCCUAUCCCCUCUGCUCAGCCUACAGGAAGGAGGUGGUGGGGAUGGUAGAUGACAAGGUGUGUAAAAAGUGUCCCCCUCAAAGCCUUAGACUGUUGGAGGAGGAGUGCCUCAAAUAUAGCACCAUAGUCAUUAAAGGGGUACGCAUAUUGGACGUUAAUGUGUUGGCCCCACUCAUGGAGGAUCCAUCCUUGGAUUUGAAGGUGAUACACCUAGUAAGAGACCCGCGGGCAGUGGCAAACUCCAGGAUCAAAUCCAGACACGGCCUGAUAAGGGAGAAUUUACAGGUGGUACGCAGCAGGGACCCUAAACUUCGCCGGAUACCUUUUGUGGAUCCUGGUCACAAGGCAAACAAGAAGGAUGGCUCAGACUACCACUCCAUAGGAGCCAUGGAGGUGAUCUGUGACCGGACCUCCAGGACUUUGAGGACUGCCUUAAACCCACCCAGCUGGCUGAAGGGGAAGUACAUGGCUGUGCGGUACGAGGACCUGGUCGAGAACCCAGUGAAGACCUUGCGGAACAUCUACCGCUUUGCCAACCUGACCACCAACCACGACAUUGAGUCGUUUGCGCUGAACAUGACCAGUGGCUCGAGCUCCUCCUCUAAGCCAUUCAUAGUCUCAUCCAGGAAUGCCACACAAGCUGCUAGUGCAUGGAGAACAGUGCUGAGCAUUCAACAGAUCAAACAAGUAGAGGACUACUGUCACCAUGCCAUGUCUGUUCUAGGUUAUGAAAGAGUCAGAACAGCCGGGGAGGCUAAGGACUUGAGCAAAUCACUACUGACACACUCCAAACUGUGAAAACGUCCGCACCACCAAAGACCUUCUAAUUUAAUGUUCAUUUUGCAUCGAGUGCCGUUUCCUCUUGUUGUGGAAUUAAAGCUUUACUUUGAAUCAGUGUCCGAGGAGCUCCACUGGCCACAUUUGGAAUGUAUCAUGUUUCUCUCAGUUGAAUUACAGUGGUAUUUGAAGGGACCACUUCUUUUAUACUGGAAUACUGGGUGUGUUUGACAAUGCAAGGCCUACAAACAAUGAAUAGUGAAGCUGCAACUAU